GUAAUAGAUGCCAACUGCCAUAAACACAACAAGAAGAAGCAGUAGCAGACCUUCUUCCCACAAUCCUCUGCGGUGGUAAAGUGACCUCUGCUGCUAGCCCGAUUAAGCAAUGGCUCCCCCGGUUGCCGUGUCUCCAUUGAUUAAGACUGCCAGGUAUUCGGCUUUGAUUGUUGGUAUCUUCUAUGGCAAAAGGAGAUAUGAAAACCUGAAGCCUAUUGCAGCUGAGGAGAGGAGGAUCGAAGAGGAGGAGAAGAAGGUCCGUGAGGAGCAGGAGCGCAUUGCCAAGCAAAUAGCAGAAGCGAAUGAAGACACCAUUCUGAAGUAGACCUUCACUUACUUCCCUGGACAAUUUUCUGUACUCCCUUUCAUUCUAAUUAGGAAAACCCUCUGUUAGUUAAUGGCUCCUGAACUCCAAACUGAUUGCAACGGAAGCUGCACCCUCUAAAUAUUAAGUUCAGAUUUGUUAAUAAACCAUGUCACAAACA